AUGAAAGGAUUGACGGUAGACUCGUGUUACAUGAAUAGAAUUAGUGAAAUUGUUGUUAUAUUUUCAAAACAGCAUGAGACACCAGACGAUGGGCCAACAUGUGGAUAUGGUUCGUUUCAUCAACAAUAUUGGCUCGACGACAAACUGAUUGCCGUUGGUGUCAUCGAUAUUCUACCGAAAUGCGUGAGCUCCGUUUAUUUCUUCUACGAUCCAGAGUAUAGUUUUUUAACGCUCGGAACCUACGGAACAUUGCGUGAAGUGCAGUUUGUGAGGGAAUUGAAUGAAUCGACAGCUGAGUUAAGCGAAUACUAUAUGGGAUUUUACAUACACAGUUGUCCGAAGAUGCGAUACAAGGGAAAAUUACAUCCGUCGUAUUUAUUAUGCCCGGAGACUUAUACGUGGCAUCUGAUCAAUGAUGAUAUACUCAAGUUAUUAGAUGAAUCGAAAUACUCGCGCUUUAAUUUGGAUCCGCAGGCCAGUGAUCCCAACGAAUUUAAUCCGGCCACUGAUUUGAAUCAUUUGCGAUUGCUUGUUGAUUACAAAUACUGUUUAACGUACAGAGACUAUAAGGAGUAUAAAGGAACUGAGGGAACGGACAGUGACGAAGAUGAUUUCGAUAACUUCAGUGAAUAUGGCAAGCUGGUGGGCAAGGUGCUAUCCCGUCGUUUGUAUUUGGUCACAUAAAACACUGAAUGGAUUCAAGCGCAUUUAAUGCUGCGCUCUCUCCCAGCAUUUUUUCAUAUAUUUUUGGUCUGUGCCAUUCACCAAUUGAAUGCACCAUUUACUGAUA